GCAGGGGGAGGAUUCCGAAUAAAUUAUUCACCCAGUUCCAGAAGUCAAAUCAUUUCAAUUUUCAAUUAAUAUAACAUAGCUUAAUGAAGAAACCCUACGCUUUAUAUUAUGUUAAAUAAAUACAAUUCUGUUUAACCAGUGUGUAAUUUGUUGAAUAUUGUGCAUACAUUUGUUGUUAAAAAAGCUGCUAGAAAUCUUGUUUCAUUGUCCGUUGUGUGCGCAUAUGUUGUGUAUAUGUAAUGUACGCGAAUUGCGAUGCUUAAAACUAUGAUGUGUUUUUACGAAAAUUCAAACAUAGGCAUUACCUCACAUUAAUAGAAAUAACAAAUUAAAAUAACUACCACCAAAUUUUGUUGUGGAUAUUGCAUAAUUAACUAUUGGAUAUUUUUAAUGCGGAAGAUAUAUACGUGCUCUAUCAUUAUACAUAACUCAUGUUCCCUUAAAAUAAAAAUCGUUAUGAAGUUCAUAAUUGAGAUUAUUCGAUUAUUUGUAAGAAAGCCGUCUUCAGGCGAAACUUUGAGAGCUUGGAUCUUAUCAGCUCUAAUGGUGCAUGGAGCAGUGGCUGGAAACCCAGAUGCCAAACGAUUAUAUGAUGACCUUUUAAGCAACUAUAACAAAUUGGUUCGUCCAGUGGUUAAUACUACGGAUGUUCUUAAAGUUUGCAUAAAAUUAAAACUAUCGCAGCUUAUAGAUGUGAACCUGAAAAAUCAAAUAAUGACGACCAAUCUUUGGGUGGAACAGUCUUGGUAUGAUUACAAGCUUCGAUGGGAACCAAAAGAAUAUGGGGGUGUUCAUAUGCUACAUGUUCCUUCCGAUCAUAUAUGGAGACCGGAUAUUGUUCUUUAUAAUAAUGCUGAUGGUCACUAUGAAGUGACACUUAUGACAAAAGCAAUAGUCUAUAGUAAUGGACUGGUGAUUUGGCAACCACCUGCCGUGUAUAAAUCCUCUUGUUCCAUCGACGUUGAAUAUUUUCCGUAUGACGUACAGACCUGCAUCUUAAAAUUAGGAAGUUGGACAUAUGAUGGUUUUAAGGUCGAUCUGCGUCACAUGGAUGAACAAGUUGGUAGCAACGUUGUUGAUGUUGGUGUCGACUUGUCCGAGUUUUAUAUGUCAGUUGAAUGGGAUAUUCUUGAAGUGCCAGCUGUAAGAAAUGAAAAGUUUUACACGUGUUGCGAUGAGCCCUACUUGGACAUAACAUUCAAUAUAACAAUGAGACGAAAAACCCUGUUUUAUACGGUUAAUAUAAUUAUACCGUGUAUGGGAAUUUCUUUUUUAACCGUUCUAACUUUUUAUUUACCAUCGGAUAGUGGAGAAAAGGUUACACUCUCUAUUUCAAUUCUCAUUAGUCUUCAUGUGUUUUUUCUUUUGGUGGUUGAAAUUAUACCUCCUACAUCACUGGUUGUGCCAUUAUUGGGAAAAUAUCUUAUAUUUGCAAUGAUUCUCGUGUCUAUAAGUAUCUGCGUAACGGUUGUCGUUCUGAACGUUCAUUUCCGUUCACCUCAAACUCAUAGAAUGGCUCCCUGGGUAAAACGCGUGUUCAUAGACUUUUUGCCGUCAUUUUUGUUCAUCAAGAGGCCCACUUACAACUUUGAAACAAGUAAAUUGCUAUUAAAGGAUACACAUGCCUGUUUUUAUCCAUAUUACUCAUCGACCAAUAUUGACCGGAUUGUGUCUUCAGGAUAUAGAUACAGUCAGUCCAAAGAUGAGCUAACCCAGAGCUUAACUACCAGUGGUCCAUUUGGAGGAAGCUGUCAAGUUCAUGGACCAUUGCCUGCGCUGACGAACUGCUCUGAGGAAAUAGCAGCAGUUCCCGACCUGAAUAUCGGAUCUUCAGAAAUCAAAAGUCCCCUUUUAAAUAAUCCAGCAUUUUCUCAUUCUAAAUGCCCUCCUAAGAUCCAUAAGAGCUGUUUUUGUGUUCGUUUUAUUGCUGAGCACACAAAAAUGCAAGAGGAUUCCACAAAAGUUAAAGAAGAUUGGAAAUAUGUUGCAAUGGUGUUGGAUAGACUCUUUCUAUGGAUAUUCACAUUGGCCGUUCUUGUCGGUACUGCAGCUAUAAUUUUACAAGCCCCUACAUUGUAUGACGACCGCAUUCCAAUCAUUGAACAAAAAGAUUUGGAUUUUUCUGGAACUUCGGCUGGACGUUGCAAGCCCCCGCAAUAAUGAUAAUAUAUUUAAACCACUGAUAUGAUGUAUAAUGAUUACUUCAAUGAAAUUAACUUAAAUUAAGAUUUUAAUAUCGGAUUAGUGCACUGUUACCGUGACUUAACCUAGUCAUAGAUUUCUAUGAAUUAAAUUUUUACGUUUUCUCUAAUAAGUCCUUAUUGAUACACAGAAACCAUCGUAACAAA